GAAAUUUUCCCGGGCCAGUUUAAACCCUCCCUGGCGCACUGGUUCAUCAGUCUCCUCGAGCGCAAGGGCAAGCUGCUGCGUAACUACACUCAAAAUAUUGACACCCUGGAGCAGCAAGCCGGCAUCUCCCGCAUCAUUCAGUGUCAUGGUGAGUUCCUGCUUCGCAUGCGCAUAUCCUUGCACUACUUCUUUGAAGUACCCAUCUUUUUCUCAAUGGUUGCAUUUUACAGUAGAUUAUGUGCCUCAGGCGAUGUUAACCGAAAUUCUGACAUGUGUAAAGAAGACAAAGAGCCGAUCACUGGGACAGCACUUGUAGUAGUCUGA